CUGCAGCUUACAUAACUGUGACUCAGCAGUUCUUUCCUAUAUAACAGUUGUGGUGAGGCGGAAUGUAUUCUUCACAGACACAGCCUGAGCGCUACUACUCACACAAUGUCUGGAUACACAUUGACUUACUUUCCCAUAAGAGGGAGAGCGGAGGCAAUACGACUGCUGCUUGGAGAUCAAAAUGUUUCUUGGACUGAUGAUGAGGUGCAGAUGCAGGAUUGGGCUGCAGGUAUAAGAGAUCUAAAGAAAAAUGCGGUCUUUGGGCAAAUUCCUCGUUUUCAGGAUGGAGACUUUAUUCUGUAUCAGAGUUGCACCAUCCUGCGAUACCUGGCACGCAAAUAUGGUCUCAGUGGCAGCAAUGAACGAGAAAUAGCAAUCAUCGAAAUGAUGAAUGAUGGAGUAGAGGAUCUGAGACUGAAAUACUACAAAUUUAUCUUCUGGGAUAAUGAGGCAAACAAGGAAAAAUUUCUGGAAGAACUGGCCACCCAACUAGGGUAUUUUGAAAGGAUCCUUUCCAAUAAUGCCAAUGGAACAAAAUUCCUGGUGGGAGAUAAGAUCUCGUAUGCCGACUACAAUUUCCUGGAUACUCUACAAUGCGUUCUUGACUUAUCCCCACCAUGCUUGUCUGGAUUCCCACUACUGUCAGGCUAUGUUGAACGGCUGCUAAAAAGACCAAAGCUGAGUGAAUAUUUGAAGUCUGAAGGUCGUAAGAGGCGUCCUAUCAUCCCCAAGCGCACAUGAACAGAAAUUGUCGUCUGUUCUGCAUUAAAAUUUCUUUUUAAGUAUA